AUGAGCCCAUCACAUGAGCACCAACCUGUGUACUCCAUUCUCGCUGUUCCUUCUGUCUGUUCCUUUGCUUCUCGUCCCUUGGAAACGCUGAAAAUUGUUAACGACUUCCGUGAACAUUCAGCAAUCGCCGCCAAACACCUCAACAACUCCAACAACUCUUCUGCUGCUUUGCUUGUUGCUUGUCCCAACAUCUCACCGCUGUCUCUCUCUCUUGCCGUCUCGCGUCAGUCGACGGGUGUGCACCUCUUUGAGCAGCAGCCCAUCAUGGACGCCGCACCUCCAAUGACUCGCAGUCAGAGCGAGUCGUUGGCGUCCAGCAUGAAGAAGCAAAUGCCACAGUUUCCCCACCCCAACACGGUGAUUCGAGAUGCAGGAGCGCAAUCAACAUCGGCGACCACAGCAACAGCAGGAACAACAGCGGCUUCCCUUGGCGCCUCGACGCGAAAGAUGCCUGUGCCACCUCCCAUCCCGCUCUCCUCGUCAACUUCCUCUCGCACGUCAACCCUGAAGCGGCGGGUCUUUGCCGUUUCAACCGACUCGUCACAGCAGCAAGACACGAAACAACAGACGCCCCCGCCGCCGGCUGUUACCCAAGACCAGCAAACGGGUGCAACCAACGACGUGGCCAAGCUGUACAAGCUCCUGACUGGCAAGCACUCGCAGGCCCUUGAGGAACGCCACGACCAUGCGCUGCGCAAGGUCCUGAAGCGCCGCCCUGACGGCUACAUCGUGGAAGACCUGCAGCCGCUCCCGCUCGUGUUGGAGGACCUUGCUGCGCGUGCGCAGGCCAACCCGACCUCUUCAUAUGCACAGCACCUCGUGCACAUGCUCGAGCUGCUGGUCAAGCCCAUCGACUUUGCAGACCUCGCAGACCAGCGUGACCUGAACGAGGCGGAGAAGCACCUGGCAGCCGUGGUCUCCGCCGUCACCGCCCUCCUCAACAGCGCGACGUCCACCGUGCUUGCCACGGCCAUCUUCGUGCUGGACCACCUCGUGGCCGCGCAGAUCUCGGCAAAGCGCAACCGCGUCUCCGCGGGUGGCGUUGCUCGCGCGUGGCAGGACGUUGAGAUUCGCGUGGUGGAGCAGAGCCGCAUUGCUGCCAGCCUCCGCCGCCCGCUCGAGAUGAUGCUUGCAGGCACUGACGACAACACAGGCAGGCGUGGCUCGCGCAGCAGAACCGACACCACCGCCAACAAAGGGCGGCACCAGCAACAGCAACAACAACAGCACAACGACGCAGACACAGCAACAGCAUCACACCGGCGCUCACACCCGCACGUGCAAGGCAGCAGCAGGUCGCCGCGCGCGUGUGAGCUUGACAACGAAACCCAGGGGCGGCUGCUGUCUGUGGCGUGGGGCUGCUCAACGCUGCCGCCACAGCAGCACCAGAUGGUGAAGGAAGGGCUCCCACGCACGCUGUGCCUCAUCCUGGGGAGCCCGCACUGCGAUGUGAACUCGCAGGAGGGCCUGCUCAUCAUUGAAAUGCUGUGGAACUGCAUGGAGGGGCCAGACAAGGCGGAUGUGGUUGCGUUGCUGGACUCGUCCAAGUGCACGCAGGCGCUGACGGACGGCCUUCGCGCCGCGUUCCAACGGGGCGAUUCAAAGGCAAUGAAGCAAGCGAGGAACGACCUCAUUGCCCUCAUUGCCCUCUUCACCAGACAGCCCUCUCUUCGCGACAACCUCGUGACGGGCCACACGUUUGAGUUUAUGCUGCGGUUUGCGUGCUGCGGCGACGUUCCCACGCGCCACCCAGACUGCCGCUCCCUGCGCCUGAACAACAGCGAUGAGGACUUUGAGGCCUUGAAGCUCCUCCUCACCUCCAUCGUGCCGCUGCUGCGCGAUCCAAACGCGCGCGAGGUGAUUCAGGCAUCCAACAUUGUGCCGCUGUGCCUCAAGUACAUGCAGUAUGACCAGGAUGCAGACCUCUCGCUGGCUGCACAGCAUAGGCCCUCGCCAAUGAAGAGGAAAACAGAGGGGGCCGCCCCAACAACAGCAGCACCCCGCCCGCGCAACUGGACAGCUUCACAGUAUGAGGAGCUGCAGCUGCUUGUGCUGUCCAUUCUUCCAUCACUGCUGCCUGCCAUCCUGCCUGACUUCAGCAUGGAGGACGGUGCAGCCACGCUUGUGCGCAUGCUCAACUGGGCACUCAACACAGGCAUUGACGCCUCCCGCCACCACCGCACAAAGAAAAUUCAGGGCGCUGCCAACAGCUUUCUCGCCACGCAGGACUUUAGCGUGCACAGGCACGAGCAGGACCCGACCGACGCCAGCGUCAACAACGGCAAGCGCGUGCACACGCUGCACAUUAUGAAGGCAAUUGAGGUGCUGUUUGCGGACAGCGGUGUGAGUGGUGUUGGUGGUGCACACUCGCGUGGUGGAAGUCAGUCGACCAGUACCAACGACAGCAUUGACGGUGGGCUGGCGCGCUCGGAGAGCACCGAGGUGAAGCACAGCAAUGGUGGUGGUGGUGGUGGCGAUCAUGAGCACGAUGACGAUGACGAUGAUGACGAGCGGCUCAAGCAAGAACUUCAACAGCAGCUGCUUGACGAGGGCCUGCUGUCGCUCCUGCUGACAUAUCUGUCCGUGUUCUCGCCGACAAUGGACGAUAUGGUGCUCAUCCUCAAGACACACGCGUGGCGCCUGUGCUCCCUCCUCUGCACAGACCGUCAGCAGGCACAGGACCAGUUCCACCCUGCGGGCGGCGUGGAGACGGUACUGUCAUAUCUCAAGCUCGACCUCGCGAGCGUGUGCGCAGACGAAGAAAACCACAACCUCAUGCUGGCCACGCUGGACGCCUGCUGGAGCUGCGUUGUGCCGUGUGAGGCGGCUCGGGCGCUGUUUCUCAAGUCCGAGGGCGUGUAUGUGCUGCUGGACAUCCUCGAGGGCAGCCCAGACUCGCUCCUCAACAUUGUCCUCGGCAUCCUCACCGACCUUGCAGAGCACCCGCAUGUCACCAAGCACAUGACACACUGGUCUGGCCGGCAGCACGCCAGCGUCGUUGCGCUGCUGGUUGCGCUGUGGGAGAAGGAGUGCACGCGUCUUGGCUGCCCGACGCGAUUCUCGGCCGUCUCAGAUACACAGCCCUUCCCGCUCCAGGCGCACGACCAUCCUGGCUCUGCUGUUGCCAAUGUGUAUGCAAAUCUUCUCGGGAAAAUCUACAGCCUGCUGUCCUUCAUUGGCUUUGAUCUCGCCUACGAUAUUGCCCGCCCAGCAGAGAAGGCGACGCUGGUUGUGAUUGAGCAAUACCUCAACCUAAAGUCGGGCGAAGUGUGGCACGAAAUUGCCGAAGAGCUCAAGCACGAGGGCAUCCAGCCAGUCGAGCACGAUGAGGAGUGCCUGCGCUUGGCCAACCUCUCCAACCUCGAGACCAUCCAAGGCAUUGCAGAGCGACAGGAGGAGGCCCUUCACGAGGAGGCCCAGCAAACACGUCAUGAAGAGCAAAAGGCGUUUGCUACGUUGAGGCAGUCUGUGCGAUUGGCGGACGCGCUUGCACAGGAGGAGCAAGCAUUCGUGCAGUCCACGUCAGGCUAUGCGUGACACAAGCGGGUGGUGAUGCGUAAUGGUGGAUGAUGAUGAUGGCUGGUGAUGGUUGCUGGCCGGGUUGUGAUUGAGAAAGAGCGCCUGCGAGGGA